AUGGAAUGCGAAAUCGUCGUCCCGCUACCACAAGGAACUCAAGUUGUAUUAGAAGCGCAAUUGCUCACAUCUGAUGUCGAUCAUACGAUUGAAGAGGUUCGACAGGAAGUUCUUCAACGACAUCAUAUUGGAGGCCUGACCUGCGGGGGUGCGGCUCGAUCAUCAAACCGAACUCUUUUCUGCCGCAAAUGCGAGGGCCACGGACAACAAGUUGUUUUAAAGGGACAUGCAAGCAGAUGCCCAUUCAAUAACUGCAGUUGUAAAACAUGCACAAAUGUGAUGUCUAUGAGAGCUAAUGCGAUUAUUAGAAGAUAUCGUACCAGAACUCUGGAAGGAGGAUUGGUUCUGAAACCAGUGCAUUUCAAGAAUGGAAACACCAGAUUGAGAGUUUUUCCUAAAAACAUCGAUGAAAGGGACGCCGUGACGAUUCAUUUCAACAACAAAAAUCAAAAUGGGAACACAAAUCCAGAAGCGCAAAUGGAUGUCGGUGCAUACCAAAAUACUACACCACCAGCCACUGCUAUUCCGGAUUCUGGAAAUUCUCAAAAUCCAUUUCAAGUAAAAAGAAGUCAAUCAGAUCAGGAACUAGAUAGAAAGAAUGGAGGAACACCACAAAUUGUGGAACAAGCCAGAAAUGUUCAACAGGCUUUGGCACAACAAGGAAUCAGAUUGGAACAGUCUCCACCACCAAUUGGUAUUAAUGGGCAAACCAUUCCAAUCAACUUGACAGAUUUCUCGUUAUUGACUCCAGAGACCAUCGAGGCUAUUAGAAAGAUCUUCAAUGGAGGAGAGGUUGCUGUCACCACUGCUCCAACUCCAACGCUCUUUGAAAAUAGUGGAUUGUUUCAAAAUUUCUCGAUCCCUCCGAAUCCUACCUACACUUCUGCGAGCAUGGAUGGAAGCUCUAUUCUAUUGACUCCACAAGUCGCUCCAUCCACGGGAAUGUUCCAAUUUGAUGACAUCGAGAGAAAGAUCUCUAACGAUGGAUCCAUUGUCAAUCCAGCAGUUUCUCAACUCAACGAUUUGAAUAUUGCGGUCACCACCAACAGCCCAAUUUUGGCUACUGAUGCGGCUCCGAAACUGACGCCACACAUGUUUGAUACAGCCUGCUCCCUCACCGCCAACGGAUCCCAAUCACCACCAGAGAUCAAAGUGAAGGACAUGGUACCAGAAACAAUCGGAUAUCAGAAUUUGUGGAUUUCUCCCGAUGCACCAUCACGCAACCAUCCGAACUUCCAAAUGUUCAUCGACUGUAUCUGCAGUUUAGAGAAGAGAAUGCUCUCAACCGAGUCAUCAAUGAGUGAUUAA